AUGACUUGUAUGAAUAAUGAUGCUAUACCAAUUCAAGGCUUAGUUGCUAUGCAACAAUCGCCUAUUAAUGUCGAAGAGAACUUAGAUCCAAAUCAACAUAUACAUGGAGCAACCGUGGAUCACAAGAAUACCGUGAAGCAGAUAACAGAACCAAUAUCGCCAUGGAAUGUAAAAUAUUGUUACUGGACAACAUCAGGUUCAAUCGUUGGUGCCAUUGUAUUUUUUAUAUUUACAUGUAUUGUAAUGACAACUGGCAUCUUAAUCGUUUGUUUUACUACACCAAAACCACAGGCACCAAAAUGUGACUUCAAUAUUUUACGAACAGCCACAAAUCCAAUUGAGUAUAACUAUAGUCCACGAUCUGUUGCUGUUGGUGAUUUCAACAAUGACACCUGGAUAGAUAUGGUAGUUGCCAAUUCGAUUGUUAACAAUAUCGGUAUAUUUUUUGGAUAUGAAAAUGGUACUUUCAUCAAACAGACCGAAUAUUCAACUGGUUUGGGUUCCAGUCCUUAUAUGGUUUCCGUUGGUAAUCUUAACAAUGAUUCUCAAUUAGAUAUUGCAGUUGCAAAUUUUGGCAGUAAUACCAUUCGUAUAUUUCUUGGGUAUGGAAAUGGAUCUUUUACAAAUCAACUAGAUCUGUCAACCAGUACAUCGCGUCCAAUAUCAAUUAGUUUAGUUGAUCUCAAUAAUGAUACAAUACUUGAUAUUGUCACUGUCAAUUUUGGAACCAGUAGUGUAAGCAUAUUCUAUGGUUAUGGAAAUGGAAUGUUUUCGAAUCCAACAGUGUAUUCAACAGGUUAUGACUCACUUCCAUAUGCAUUAGCUGUUGGUGAUUUUAAUAAUGAUAAUUAUAUCGACAUUGCCAUUGUGAAUUAUGGAACAAACAAUAUUGGCCUGUUUCUUGCUACUAAGAAUGGUACUUUUGAAGAACAGAUAACUAUUUCAACUGGUUAUGGUUCUCAUCCAAUAUCAAUAGCUGUUGGUAAUUUCAAUGAUGAUACAUUUGUUGAUAUCGCUGUUGCCAAUCAUGGAACAAAUACGAUAGGUAUAUUUUUAGGCGAUGAUAAUGGAACUUUUGCAAAUCAACUGGAGUAUUCUAUAAAUUCUGGUUCGCCAUACUCCAUUGGUGUUGGUGAUUUCAAUCAAGACAAUCAUUUAGACAUAUUCAUUAUUACUAUUGGUGCUAAUAAUACAGGUUUACUUCUUGGACAUGGUGACGGUAUUUUUUCUGAUCCAAGAAUGAAUUCAACUGGAUCUACUUCAUCGAUCUCAUUUGCUAUAUGUGAUUUCAACAAAGACAAACGAUUGGAUGUUAUCGUUGUUAAUAAUGAAACUGACAACAUAGAUAUUCUCAAGGGUUACUUCGAAGGUUUUUCAUUACCCAAAUAUUAUUCAACUGGAUAUUUGCCAUUUCAUAUAGCUCUUGGUGAUUUUAAUAAUGAUAGUAAACUAGAUUUAGUUAGUGCUAACUAUUAUAAUAAUUCGAUAAGUGUCCUUGUUGGGUAUGGUGAUGGUUCGUUCGCAGGACAAAUCACAUAUUCAACUGGUACCUCUCCAUAUUUUGUAGUCGUCAGCGAUUUCAAUAAUGAUAGUUAUUUGGAUAUAGCUGUUGCUAAUUAUAAUGACAGCAAUGUGAGUAUUCUUCUGGGACAUGGUAAUAGUUAUUUUGAAGAUCAGAUAACAUAUGCAACUUGCACUUUUCCACGAUCUCUGGCUGUUGGUGAUUUUAAUGAUGAUGGUCAGCUAGAUAUAGUUGUUACCAGUUAUAAUAGCAACAAUGUGAGUGUUCUUUUGGGUUAUGGCAAUGGUUCGUUUGGAAAUCAAAUAACAUAUGCAACUGACACUUAUUCACAGUCUGUAGUUGUUGGUGAUUUUAACAAUGAUAAUCAAUUAGAUCUAGUCGUUGCUAAUUAUAAUAGUAGUAGUGUGAGUGUUCUUCUGGGGUAUCGUAAUGGUUCCUUUGCAAAUCAAAUGAAAUAUUCGGCUGGUAUGUAUCCACAAUCUCUGGCUGUUGGUGAUUUCAAUAAUGAUGGUCAAUUGGAUCUAGUUGUUGCUAACUACGGUAGCAAUAACAUAGGUAUUAUUCUUGGAUAUGGUAAUGGCAGCUUUGCAACGCAAAUCACAUAUGGAACACCUAAUCCUCCAUAUUAUGUAGCUGUUGACGAUGUCAAUAAUGACACUUAUCUGGAUGUUGUUUUUGGUCUUUAUGGUGUUCUCAACGUAUAUGUUUUAUUUGGGUAUGGAAAUGGUUCUUUUGGAAACCAGAUGUCAUAUUACGCUAGUGCCAGAGGAUACUGCGUAGCGAUCGGUGACUUUAACAACGAUAACCGAUUGGAUAUCGUUGUACCAAGUUACGAUGAUAAAUAUGUUUAUAUAUUACUACAGUAUAAUCGUGGAGCUCUUGUACAUGAAAUCAGUUAUGCAUCAGGUGGUGGUUCUGACUUGCAAUCUAUUGUUGUUAGUGAUGUGAACAAUGAUACUCGACUAGAUAUUAUUGUUAGCAAUUCAGGCACUAAUAAUGUUGGUAUUGUUUUUGGAAAUGGUAAUGGUACUUUCAAAAGUCAAGUGUUCAUUAAGAUGCCCUCAAAUUCUCAACCAUCAGUAAUUACCAUGAGUGAUUUCAACGGUGACAAUCAAUUAGAUAUCGCUGUGGCUACCUCUAGUACAAAGCAAGUUCAAAUGUUACUUGGAAAUGGACAAGAGUCAUUCAUAAGUCAACCAACUUAUCAAUCUCCUUUGGCAUAUCCUCCACUAGCUAUCUCGCCUGGUGAUUUUAAUAAUGAUGGACGAUCAGAAAUCGUUGUUGGAUAUGGUCAUGGUGAUACUAUUGAUAUUCUUACUUCAUAUAAUAGUGGAUCUUUUACAAAUCAAACGAUCUAUCCAACUGGCUCCAGUCCAUACUUUGUAGUAGUGAAUGACUUUAACAAAGAUAAUCAGUUGGAUUUAGUUGUUACCAAUUAUGGUAGUGAUACUAUAAGUGUCUACCUGGGGUAUGGCAACGGUUCAUUUGCAAAUCAAACGAUAUAUCCAACUGGUACUAAACCACGAUCCCUGGCUGCAGGUGAUUUCAAUAAUGAUGGUCAGUUGGACCUAGUUGUUGCUAACUAUGGUAGCAAUAAUAUUAAUAUCUUCCUGGGAAAUGUUAAUGGUUCGUUUGGAAAUCAAACGACUUUUCCAACGGGUACUAAUCCAUUUUCUGUAGCUGUUGGAGAUUUUAAUAACGAUACUCAAUUAGAUUUAGUUGUUGCCAAUUAUGGUAGCAAUAAUACUGGUGUUUUUCUGGGAUUUGGCAAUGGUUCGUUUGCUAAUCAAACAACAUAUGCAACUGGUACUAAUCCAAGCUCUGUAGCAGUUGUCGAUUUUAACAAUGAUGGUUGGUUAGAUAUAGUUGUUACAAAUGAUGGUUCUAAUACUGUAGGUAUCUUUUUUGGAUAUGGGAAUGGUUCCUUUAUAAAUCAAAUGACUUUUCCAACUGAUAGUCAUCCUCAAUUUGUAGCUGUUGGUGAUGUCAAUAAUGACACUAUAUUGGAUAUCGUUGUUGCUACCAUUGGUUUUCGAACAGUGAGUAUUCUUUUGGGAUAUGGAAAUCGUUCUUUUGCAAACUUUACGAAAUAUUCCGUGGCCAUUCUCCCAUAUUGUUUAGCUGUUGUUGAUAUCAAUAAUGACGCUAAAUUAGAUAUCAUUGUCACAAAUAGAGGUAGCAAUUAUGUGUGUGUGUUAUUAGGAUAUGGUAAUGGCAGUUUUGCACCUCAAAUUCCAUAUUCAACAGGCGUUAAUCCACAAUCUUUAGCUGUUGGUGAUUUUAACAAUGAUACACAACUUGAUGUAGUUGUCACAAAUUUUGGUGAUAACAAUGUUAUGAUACUAUUUGGUUGUCUUAAUCAAGUUUUUGUAAAGCAAAUGGUAGUUUCUACUGGUCAAAAUUCUCAAUCACGGUCUAUUGUUGUUGGUGAUUUUAAUAAUGAUAAUAAAAUGGAUGUUGGAGUAGCCAAUUCAGGUACUAAUAAUAUUGGUAUUUUUCUUGGAUAUGGAAAUAUUACUUUUACAAAUCAAACUACAUAUUCAACUGGUUCAAAUUCAACUCCAUAUUUUUUAGCAAUUGGCGAUUUCAAUAAUGAUACUCAACUAGAUAUUGUUACUGCUAAUUAUGAAUCCGAUACAAUAAGCAUUUUCUUGGGAUAUGGUAAUGGCAAAUUUGCAAAUCAGACAUCAUAUUCAACUGGUUCAUCUUCAUCUCCUUACUCUAUCGCUGUUGGUUAUUUUAAUAAUGACAAUAAACUUGAUAUUGUUGUAGUUAAUUAUAAUAACAACAAGUUAGGUGUCUUUUUUGGACUGGGUAACGGUACAUUUGAUAGUAUAACGCUAUUUUCGAUGGCAUAUGGUUCUCAUCCAUUUUCUGUUGUUGUCGGUGAUUUUAAUAGCGAUAGAAAGUUGGAUUUUGUUGUUGCAAAUAAUGGUACUGAUAAUUUAAAUGUUUUUUUACAGACCUGCUAA